AUGGAGUUGAGAGGAUCCGGACAGCUCACAGAGUCCCCCAGCGGCGGGCAGGAGGAUGCGACAUUCAACCUCCUCAUCCUGGCCCUCACUGAGACCCUCAGCCUGGGCGGGCUGCUGGGGAACGGGGCGGUCCUCUGGCUGCUCAGCUCCAAUGUCUACAGGAAUCCCUUUGCCAUCUACCUCCUGGACGUGGCCUGCGCCGACCUCAUCUUCCUCGGCUGCCACAUGGUGGCCGUCGUUCCUGACUUGCUGCGUGGCCAGCUGGACUUCCCAGCCUUCGUCCAGACCAGCCUGGCCACGCUGAGGUUCUUCUGCUACAUCGUGGGCCUGAGCCUCCUGGCGGCCGUCAGCUUGGAGCAGUGCCUGGCCUCCCUCUUCCCGGCCUGGUACCCGUGCCGCCGCCCACGCCACCUGACCACCUGCGUGUGCGCCCUCACCUGGGCUCUCUGCCUGCUGCUGCACCUGCUGCUCAGUGGUGCCUGCACCCAGUUCUUCGGGGAGCCCAGCCGCCACUGGUGCCGCACACUGUGGCUGGUGGCAGCCGCCCUGCUGGCCGUCCUGUGCUGUGCCAUGUGCGGGGCCAGCCUGCUCCUGCUGCUGCGGGUGGAGCGCGGCCCCCAGCGGCACCAGCCCCGUGGCUUCCCCGCCCUUGUCCUCCUCACCGUCCUCCUCUUCCUCUUCUGUGGCCUGCCCUUCGGCAUCUACUGGCUGUCCCGGAACCUGCACUGGCACAUCCCACACUACUUCUACCACUUCAGCUUCCUCUUGGCCGGCAUGCACGGCGCGGCCAAACCCGUCAUCUACUUCUGCCUGGGCAGCACCCGGGGCUGCAGGCUGCGUGAG